AUGGACAAAAGAAUAUCAGAUGCGGCAGAACUGCUGCGACAGGCUUCGAGUAUGUUACUGUCAGUAGAUCCAGGAACUUCUUCAUCUCCAGCUUUAGUGCGAAGCCCAGAGGCAGAGUCUGAACGUCCGACAGUAAGACCACAGGGAAGAUCAGUAAACGAGACCCUCGCAAGAGCAAGGAGUAUGAUGCAAAGCAGUAGAACCACUGGAGUGUUUAGGCGGCUUAGCAGCAGCGAAAGAUUGAGAGCAACUUCAGGACCAAAGGAAAAGAAAAGCAAAACGACUUCUUCGACUGGUAGUAAAGAUAAACCUUUCGAAUUUGCCCUGCUUGCUUGUGGAGAUGUCGACAGUGAUGAACCAGAUGACAGCUUGAAGAAGGACAUGAUUCUGGAUCGAGGUAUUGUGAGUCUUAAUGAAAAAGAUAACGAAGCUGCUAUUCGAGAAAAACUUCUUUCAUCGCUUAAAGGCAAGUAUGGCAUGAUUGGUCAAAAUGAUUUUGAAUUUAUAAAAGUAAAUCAGAAAAAAAUCUCGGUUCUACAUUUAAGUAAAGGAACAGAGUAUAAUUACGACGUUGUCAAGAAACUUGUAGGACAAGGGCUUUUGUACGUUAGAAUUAGAAGGGGAUAUGAAUUUGUAAUUCAACAAACUUCAGAUUCUGAAUCAGACUUUGUAAUGACAUAUCCUGCUGCUGAGAAUGAUGCUAAAACUGAAGCACAUCUUUCAGAAGACGAGAACAUGCCCCAGUCAGGACUAGCAGAUGAAUUACCUGUGGCUGCACAGCCACCCAUCUCAGUAGAUCUAUCUCAGCAGCCUGGUUCAAGCACAAAUGUAGAAAGUCCUCACACGUUCUUUGACACGGUUGUAAAUGCGUUUCCAUCAAAUAUAACUGAACCAACAGAAAUCCUUAGAUAUCUACAAAAGAAAAUUGUUAGAGGUAGACCAUUGGAGGUAACUGAUCCUUCCACAGACCUUCAAGGAGAAACAAACUUCAUAACUGUAGACAGAGAGAACAUUCUUCAAACUACUUUUGAGGAACUAAAGUCUGUUGAUGAUCCCAGAGUCACAUUCGAGGUCCAGUUUUAUGCGGAACAAGCUGUUGACAGUGGUGGUCCACGUAGAGAGUGGAUGCGACUUUGCAAUCAACAAAUCAAGAUCAAAUAUUUUGAUAAUGGUAUCAAAGAGCAUUUGUCGGAAGAUUACUUCUAUGUUGGACAAAUGAUUAGCAUUGCUCUUCUACAAAAUGGCCAGUUGCCUGUCUACAUCCCUGAAGAUAUUUUGCAGGCCAUAUUUGUGAGGAAAUGUGAGCAGUUGUCUCCUUGCAUCAUGGAGCUAAAGCGUGGUAUGGAUACAUUGGGGAUUCCAGCAUUUGGAAGAAAAUUUCCCCAGUUGUUGUACCUUCUCAGGCCAUCAGCCAUUGCCAAGUUAUCAGUUCGCAGGCUUCUAUUCCUGCUGAAACCAGCAUUUUCUGAGGAAGGGUCCAACGCUCUGUCUCGUGAGAAAGCUGUGUAUACAAAAUUUGUAAAAUACACAAGGGAGGUGUCCAGUGGCCGAAGGGUUGUUACUCUGGAAAACAUUCUAGAAUUUGCCACUGGAGCUAGUGAAGAACCACCCCUUGGUUUUACAAGAUCCCCCAACAUCCAAUUCGUAGAAGUUGACAACAAAGAGUUGACUACAACAGAAAAUGAGGUAAGCAUUUUAUUAUUUGUAUAAUUUUUCACCAUUUAGUUAUCAUAUUGUUAUACUAAAUUGCUAUUUUACAAUUAACCAAAUAUUCACCAAAGGCGAGGUGAUUACAAGCCUAUAUUCUCUGAGCUGCGAAGUGAAUAUAGUGUUGUGAUCACCAAGCCUGAGGUGACUCAUUGUUUUAGUAUAAAUUCAGUAUUGAAAGAUAAUAAUAUAUACAAACGUUUAUAAAUAAGAUUUACUUCACCUUUAAUUUCUUCAAUUCUUUCCAUGAUUUGUUUGCAAACUGUGGAUUUUCGACAGCAAUAGUUUACUGCUCAGAGCGGUCUGAGCAGCAAUCAGAAUGCUUGAAAGCCAUUUUUCAAUACUGAAUUUAUACUAAUAACAUUUAGCAUUUCCCAAUCAAGCACGGUACUGGUUCAAAUUGAUAUUACAAAGCAUCCAUGUAUUGUUGGGAAGGAUGAUCACAGAUCAUUUACAUUGCUGUCGUUUCAAACAUACUGUACCAUAGAGGUAAAAUGCUGAAGGUACAACAGGCUUAUAUAUGGCAGAGAAGGGCUCAUGAUUUGAUGUUUUUUUCUGUAUUCAACAAACUAAUACAUCUAAUUAACCAGGGAGAAUAGUUGGGGAUAAUGUGUGGAUUCUACAGUAGGUCUCCAAGGUAGUCCCAAACUUGCAAGUAGAAACAGGGUUUUAAUUAACAGCUUUUGAUCCUAUAUAGACCUUUAACACCCACAUUUGAAUUUAUGGUUUAAAGAACAUAUGAAUGUUCUUUGAUUUAUAGAGCAACCAAGUGUCAGAAGAAGUACAGCAACUUAAUGAAAAGAAGAAAAUGUGGUAUUUCACACCAACAGCCCAUACAUGUCCAAACACAUUGCAAUUGCCAACAGAAAGCAUGGUUCUUCCUCUUCCCUCUGAAGAAGACCUGUUCCAAUUGUAUGAUAUGGCAUUCAAGAACACUCACUUUGGUAUUAGAUAG